CCUAUCUACCCAUUCUACCCAUGGAGGCAGCAGCUCCCUGAGAGGGGACCUGAGAAGGCCCAAGUGGGCUCCAGGCAUUGUUGGGGCUAUGGCCGGCUGUUUGACCCGUGAAAGGAGGGAGAGUGGUGCAGUGGUUCAUGCCCGUGCUGAAGGCCCGCAUUGUGUAUGUUGGGGCUGUCAGGUCUCCCUUACACAGAAGGAUCCAGUGCCUUCCCUGGGCAGACGACCAUGGCUAGUGUGGGAGGACUAUGAGCUGCCUCCAAGGGUGAGCUCUGUGGCCUGCAGAUCUCUGGGCCUCAGCCUACUGGCUCUCUGCCCCUUGGCCACAGAGACCAUAGUACAGCUCUGACAGGUCAUCUUUGCUCCAGAGAACUGGUGCUGCAGAUGAGAAAGCCCUGGGUUUGGUCAGUAAGUUGAAAGUGCUUCUCUUUCUCAAUAAGAUCUAGUGUACAGAGGUUCCAGCCUCUCCCACAAACAGCCAUAUGGCCUUGCAUUCACCACCCUUGCCACUUACCCUGAAUCUCCUACCUGCAGGGGGUGAAAACAUCAAAAGCAUCAACCAGCAGUCGGGAGCACAUGUGGAGCUUCAGCGGAAUCCCCCUCCUAACACCGACCCCAGCCUGCGGAUAUUCACCAUCAGGGGCAGUCCUCAGCAGAUCGAGGUGGCCAGACAUCUCGUAGAUGAGAAAGUUGGCGGUGCCAGCCUUGGAGCCCCCACAGCCUUCGGACAGAGCCCCUUCAGCCAGCCGCCUGCUGCGCCUCAUCAAAACGCCUUUCCUCCAAGGGGCUCAGGGUGCUUCACCAACAUUGCUGCUAAGGUGAAUGGAAACCCCCACAGCACACCUGUAAGUGGUCCUCCAGCCUUUUUGACCCAAGGCUGGGGCAGCACCUACCAAGCAUGGCAGCAGCCCACACAGCAGGUCCCAAGCCAGCAGAGCCAACCGCAGAGCAGCCAGCCUGACUACAGCAAGGCCUGGGAAGACUAUUACAAAAAGCAGAGUCAUGCUGCCAGUGCUGCUCCUCAGGCCAGCUCCCCGCCAGACUACACAAUGGCCUGGGCAGAAUAUUACAGACAGCAAGUCGCUUUCUACGGGCAGACAUUAGGGCAGGCUCAGGCCCACAGCCAGGAGCAGUAGAUGGGCGUCUGCAGCUGGCUCUUCCCCCGAAUCAGUGUGAGAGAAAACCUGUUUGUAACAGAGGUUUCUAGAUUUGCAAACCUUUUGAUGAAGAACCUUUGUUCUGUGAAACACUAUAUUUAGAUUAACAAAAUUUUUCUAAAAAUCGGAAAAGGUAGAUACUAAAAAUUGCUGAUAAUUUUUAUUUCAUUAUUUGUGUUUGUUAUUUCAAAGUGUAGGCUCUGGGAUUCUUUUUGGAACAAUACCUGCAAAUUCAGGUGCCAGAAAAUGCCUCAGAGCAGUGACAUUUCAACAUGGUGUGUUUUGUUUUGUUUUGUUUUGUUGUUUUUGUGUCUUUUUAUUUACAGUUUUUUUCUGUUGCAACAGAAAGUGGCUUGGAAGUCUUAGGUGGUAUGUAACAAAUUCUUUUUAAAAAUUUUAAACAGUAUUUAAAUAUUCUUAAAUGUAAAUUCAGUAGUGUUUUACUUCUAAUUUCUUGUAUCUUGGCUGUCUGGUUUUAUUGCAUUUUUUUAAAAAACAACUAUUAUGUAUUGUAAUUAAUUAUGUGAAUUCUGAAUUGAGACAGAUAAUUGUAUUGCUGUCCAACAGGGAUUGGGAGGGGCAUUUUUUAGGGUUUGUAUAAUUUCUAGAGUUCUAAAGGGUAAUAUAAAACGCGUCCGUGUGUUUAGCAGACAUUUUCUCAUGUCUCUAUUACCAGGUGCAAUUGUGUAUCUAAGACCUCCAAGCUGGUUUUAAAAACAAAACAAAAAGCCUUUCUCUAUUCUCAGAAAUAUAAAUACUGUUAUUUUUAAUAUUAAAAAGAAAUUCAAUAUAACUUUUAACAAACACUGUGGAACAUUAAACCAUAUAAAAUGUAGUAACUAUUUUUUAAUUCCAAGAUGUGUUUUGCUUUUUUCUUUUGAAUAUUUUCUUAAUAUUUGUCAAAUUAACUAGAUGAAUAAGUAAAUCUAGUAUUAACCACAGUAUGAAUUAAAUAAUUUUGAUUUAUUAAAAGGGAUAAUAUGAUUUUCAAUGUUUACUGUAGUGUAUCUUGUACAGAUAACAUGUAUUUUUAAAGGAAAAAAAAAAAAAACGGAAUUGAAGCUAUUUUUUCUUGCAUUUUUAAUUGACCUGAGGACAUUCCGUUUGAAAUGUACUGAAGUUACACCUUCUGGUUUUUCUCUUUAUUUUUCUUGCAAUGCUUGAAAUGUCUAACUAUUAAAGAAGGCAGUUGGGAAGUGUUAUGCAUGUCGUUUUAAAAAGGUGUUCUUUUUAUUUGACUGACAUUUUACACUAUGUAAUAAAAUUUCCACAAGGCAUCUUGUGGGCCAAGU